GACACGGUGACAAUUAUAGUCUCAAAUCAAUAAUAAUUAAAAAAAAAUAUAGGGCUUGCUAAUCAAGAUUAGGCGGAGAGGAGUUGUCGUCUGUGAAGAACAGAGCGACAGAAGCUGCUAGAGGACGACUGAAUCGUUUAGUAAAUAAUAUGGAGUUCUGUCCUACUUGUGGGAACUUGCUGCGUUACGGUCCUUCUCAGUUCUUCUGCUCCACUUGUCCCUACAUUGCCCGCAUCGAAAGACAGGUUGAGAUAAAGAAGAAGCAAUUGCUGGUUAAGAAAUCAAUUGACCCUGUUUUGAAGAAAGAUGAUAUACCUACUGGACCUGAAACUGAAGCACCAUGCCCAAGAUGCGGACACGAUAAGGCAUACUUCAAAACAAUGCAGAUUCGUUCAGCGGACGAGCCAGAAUCCAGAUUUUACAGAUGCGUCAAGUGCGAGCAAACUUGGCGCGAAGAAUGAUCACCACCCCCCCUUGUGUCUCUCAUUUCUUUUCUUUUUUUUUGGUUCCGCUAAAUCCAUCUAAACAUUUAAUGUCGCUCGCUCUUCGAUUGGGCAUAUGCUUGGUUUUGUUCUGCCAUUGGCAAUGUCAGCAAAUUUGUUUGGGAUGUUUCUCAGCUCAAUGAGUCUGUGAUUUAUGCAAUUUUGAUUUCCAUGUUUC